UGCUUCUUCCCAACUCUAUCUUUAAGUUAGCGUAAAAGUGUCUUUUUAUAUAAACCCAACAAAUUCUUAUCUUUUCUCCAAUGUGGGACAUGCCUUACAUAAAUUCCUAUUCACACCCCAAGACCCAAGACAAAGAUUUCUAGCUGCAGAAUCUGAUGGCAUUUCUUCUGCCUGGUUCUAGUCUUUAGCAACUGCAAGUCUGCAUCCCAGGCAACCUCUGACGUUCGAUGAAAAUGGAUAUGAACGUCAUCAAGACAAGUAUCUGUUCAAAAAUAAAUUUCCAUUUCACUCAUGACUUUUUAGGGGAAAAAAGAAGAAAGAAUUCCUUUAAGUGGCGGUUCUUUAUUCCAGGUGUUUUAGGUCAAAAGAUGCCUUUCAGGUCACCUGAUGAGAUUCUUUUUCAGUACUGCAUUUUAAAGCGCAUAUGAACGCUCACUCGUUUCCAUAUUUGAAAUGAAAGAGCCAGCUGGUGCAAGCGUCGAUGAAAUGGUUGUUGAAAUUGGUGCAGAUAUGUUAGAGGUCAGUAGGAAAGGGACUUCUCGACGAAACUCACAGCUGCUCGUUAAACGUAAGAAGUCCAGGCUUGAAGACACAGUGUGGGAUGAAGUUAGCAACAAAGUGAAUGAUGAAGACUGGUUCAUACAUGAAGAAAUUGUUGAGGAAUCCAUAUCUAACAAGUUAAAUUUGUGGACAGUUUUGCAAUUGGUGAGUCUCAUGUUGGAUCUGGUGGCAUUAGCCUGUACCUUCUCAGUUUCUAAACUGGAAAAACUAACACUAUGGGAUCUUCCAUUGUGGAAGUGGGAAAUCUUCUUAUCAGUGAUCAUAUCUGGCCAUUUACUCUGCGGUUGGGCAGUACGAGUUUUAGUUUUCUUUAUCGAACGUGGUUUUUUACAGAAGCUGAGGGUUCUUUACUUUGUGUAUGGACUCAAAAAGGCUUUUCAGAAUUGCAUGUGGGUAGUUCUAAUUGUGAUUGCUUGGCAUUUCUUGGUAGUGGAGAAGAUGGUUUACGAGAGGAAAAGCAAAGUAUUACGAUAUCUAACGAAAAGUCUGCUCUGCAUCUUGGUGGCUUCCUUGAUCUGGUUCAUCAAGGUAAUUAUUGUUAAGAUCCUUGCUUCAUCCUUUCACAAUAAGAAGUUUUUUAAAAGAAUCACAGACUAUCUCAUCAAGCAGUAUGUGAUAAAAAGCCUAUCCGACUCCCUAAAAGGUGGAAAUAGUAGUAUGUCUGAAAAGGCCAAGACUACUAGUUACUUCCCCUGGGGAUUUGCAAGAAAGAGGAAACAGUCAAGUAAUUGUUUACAUGAAUGGAGUAGGAGCUAUAUGUCUAACUUGGGAAAGAAGAGUGUUAAGAGGCUAGUUCAAGGAAGGCUCAUCCCCACUCUUUCAACUAUGGACGAAGACUUUUCUGAUUUAAGUGAUGAAGAGGAUGAGGAAUCAUCUUGUAGCUAUGCCAAAAAGCUAGCUCGGAAGAUAUUCAAGAAAGUCGCUAAGGGAUCUGAGAGUAUUCGACUGGACGAUCUAAAAUGCUUUGUGGCACAAGAAAAAGCCUUGAAGAGCAUUGAUCUUUUUGAAGGAAUAGAAGAAGAAGCAAGUAUCAAUCAACAAUCUUUCAUCAACUGGACGGUUGAGGCUUUCAAGGAAAGGAGAUAUAUUCUAUUGUCUCUAAAUGAUGCAAAAACAGCAGUGGAGGAACUCCAUCGUUUGAUGAACGUUCUUGUGACCCUGCUUAUAUUGAUCCUCUGGCUUUUCCUAUUUGAGAUUCAAAUAGGUCAUCUUCUCGUGCUUGUGAGCUCCCAGCUGCUCGUGAUGGGAUUCAUCUUCGGAAACACCUGCAGGACAGUAUUUGAGGCGAUCAUAUUUCUGUUUAUAAUGCACCCAUUUGACGUGGGUGAUCGUUGUGAAGUAGAUGGAGUGCAGAUGGUUGUGGAGGAGGUGAAUAUUCUAACAACUGUAUUCGAGAGAUACGACUUUCAAAAGGUUACAUAUCCUAACUACGUUCUAGCUACAAAAGCCAUAGGUAACUAUAACCGUAGUGAUGAUAUGGUAGAUCAAAUUGAAUUCUCUCUGCAUAUUUCUACUCCCUGGGAAAAGAUUGACGCUAUGAAGGAAAAGAUAAAGAGGUAUAUAGAGAGUGAGCAUAAGUAUUGGUACUCUAAGCCAGUAAUUGUUGUAAAGGAUGUACAAGAUAUGAACAGAUUAAUAAUGACAGUUUGGCCACGGCACAAAAUGAACUAUCAAGACAUGGUGCAGAGAUGGACUAGAAGAUCCUCAUUGAUUGAUGGAAUGAUCAAUAUUUUCCGGGAGCUAAAUAUCGAAUAUCGGAUGCUGCCUCUUGAAGUUAACGUCCGAAACCUGCCUGGGACAACAUCAGACAGGUUUACUUCAAAUUGGAGUACUUGUUGACAUGCACCAUAAUACAAAGUUAAAAUGUCCCUAUGGUGCACACUCCUGCAAUUGUAUAAGGCGAGACACUGUUUAAAGCAUGAAACUUUUCACAAGGAAGAAGAUGAGAAGUAGCAGUAAUGCCUGUUUCUAAAUAAGAUAUAACCGGGGAUGCUUCUGGUUAUUCAUGAACUCAUACAAAUGCUUUCUAGUGGCCCUACUUCUCUGUAAUAAUUAAAAUUCAUAAUAGGAAAAAGAAGUAUUAGACAAUGAUCUGCAGGAAAUGCUAAACUUCUUUUGACACUACUUUGUAGAACAUAAUUUGCGUGUUGAUUAAUGAGUAUUGUAGUUACAAAUUAACAUAA